GGAACCCGAACCGCAGAUAUCCAAAGUCACACACACACGCUAAACGUUAAUAGAAAAAAAAAAGAAAAAAAAGAAAAAAAAAAAGAUACGGCGAUACGCCAACGAACAGAACAUAGCGAAACCCAAUCAAAACGGCAAAACCCUAAUGAUUUUGCUGUACAUGAUGAUGACAUGAACCUAGCAUGGCCACGGAACAACAAACCACCGCGCAACCCUGGGGCACCUUGGAGGAGUUACUGCUGGCCUGUGCCGUCAACCGCCACGGCACCAAGAGCUGGGACACUGUCGCCAUGGAACUUCACAACCGGCGGAGGUCUGCGGUUGCUUGGCUCACUCCGCAGCGAUGUAAGGAAAAGUUCAAUGACCUUAAACGACGGUUCAUGUCCCAAAACGACGCCGAUUCGUCCUCUUCGAGUUUGGUUCCCUUGGUAGACCAGCUCCGACGGAUUCGCGUCGAGGAGCUCCGUCGUGAGGUCCAGCGCCGUGACAAUUCGAUCCUGUUGCUGGAAUUGAAGGUGAAGAGAUUGGAGGAGGAGGAGAGAGAGAGAAGUUUGAAAGAGGGCGCAGAUCUGGGGAGGGAGACAAAUCUCUCGCCGGUGAUUGUCGCCGGAAAUCCUGCCGUCGAUGAAGACUCCGGCGAGGGCGAUGACCGAUCAAUCAACGAGUCCAAUUCCACGAGUCGGAAACCUGAGCCGAUGACGGCGACCGAAAGGAAUGAUGGAAACGACGUCGUAGAAGCGGAUGCAGGAGAGAAAGAAGAAGGAAAGGCGAAUGUUAAAACCGUACCGGACGUUAAAAAAGAAAGGGAUCCGAUUCAGCCGGAAAAUGAACCGACGGAGGGGCGGGUGUAUUAUAACGACGAAAAUAAGAAGCAGAGCAGCGACGUGCAGAGCUCGGUGAGUUUGUCGACGAAGAAACGACGCCGUAAAAGGGUUGGCGGCGCCUGUGGAAGCAGCAGCGUUGAGGAGCCCGAGAGAGACAAGGUUUCUCCCGCCAACAAGGGGGCUUCGGCGGUGAAAUUUGAGCCGUUAAUUAAGCUUCUCGGGAUCAUUCGGUCCCAUCGGCUGAGCUCAGCGUUCGAGCGGCGGCAGCGGAGCCAGGAAUCACAAAGAUACAAAACCAUGAUACGGCAACACAUUGAUCUGCAAACGAUUCAAUCCAGUCUUGACAAAGGGCUCUAUUCCGAUUGUACCCAGAAGUUCUUUAGAGAUCUCCUACUUUUGUUCAACAACAUUAUCAUUUUCUACCGCAAAAGUUCUCAGGAACAUAUUGCUGCCCAAGAGCUUCGGAACUUGGUCCAGAAGGAAAUGGUGAAGAUGCUGUCUGCCUCAAAACCAUCACAGGAAUCUGUGACUGUGAAACCAGAACCUGAAAAAGAACGGCCUUCUCUUUCAAAACUCACCAAGUCUUCCACCAUGGUAGCUUGUGGUAAGCGCAGUUCUGUCAAAGCAUUAUCCGAGAAUGCUAGUAGGAAAGGAGAAAGAAAGGAGAAAGGAGUUGAAGAGAAACCGAAGGUAACUGAAAAGAAGGUGAAUAAUGUUUCUUCAGUGGGGAUUGAUGAGAAGGGUACAAGGAAGAAAAGGAGUAAAGAAAAACCAGUAACGGACCAGAGAAAAUCAAGAACAAGCAAUAAGGGUGGAGAGGUAAAGCAUGAAUAUGGCGAUAAUGAGCUUAGAUCUCACGAUAAUUUGGAGCCUAAAAUGGAUGCAAAAAAAAGUAUGACGAAGAAAAAAAGUGUGGCGAGUUUUCUGAAAAAAAAGAAGCAGAAUUCGCCAAGUGAAACGGUGGAGAAUGAUGACAAAGAUGGUGAUUCAGACGAUGAGAGUAAAGAUGGAAAGGAGGAGGUGGAGGAAAAGAAGAAGGGAAGGGGAAGGAAGAGAGAGGUGAUCAUCAAGAGAGAAAUGGUUACGCGGAGUUCAGCAGGAAGAGGGGCCAGAGAGGAGAGUGGAAAAAGGAAGAGAGGGAUUGGGAGGCCAUCUAAGAGAGCAGCGAUGCCAGCAGAGUCCACAGCAAAGAGAGGGCGAGAAAAGGAAGAGAAUGGGGUGAGGAGCAGCGCUAGGAAACGGUCUAGAAGGUGAAACAUUGUUUUGUAUAAUGUAAAGUAUCGGUUUUCUCCUCUAUUUAUUUUAGCAUUUUUUUAAUGGUAGGGAAAAGGAGAGAAAAGAGAAAAUGGGGGAUGCGCAUAUGGAAUGUUGUGACCUUGUAAAACGGUUUUGUAAUUUUGUUGCAGGCAUUGGUACAGAGUAUAGAAUUAAUCAGAACAAAUACCAUAUAGGCUUAAAAGUUAAUCGUUACUUAUAUUUAGUCUAGAAACACCAUAACUGUUCAAAAUUUUAAAAAAGAUUGAACAGUUAUGCAGUGCCAUUGUCAUGAAUGGCAAAGGUUCAGUGACAUGUAAAGCAUAAUGAAUGUAUAUUUGGUAG